UGAGGUUUUUAUUGCACUUACUUGAGAACUUUGUGUCUUCUAUCGUGGUGCAUCAUGAAGUCUUUGUCAGUUAUUGUCCUGCUGAUUGCUUCUUUAUCGGCUUCACAUGCCUAUUAUCGGGUAUGUUAUUUCACAAACUGGGCCCAGUACAGGGAUGGAGAGAUGAAGUAUGAACCAGCUAAUAUCGAUCCCUUCCUUUGCACCCAUAUCAUGUAUUCCUUCGCCAAAGUUAACAAGGACAACACUCUAGGGAUGUACGAGUGGAACGACGACAAACUGUACAAGGAAGUGAAUGCUCUGAAGAAGGUCAACCCUGACCUUAAGACUCUGCUGGCGGUUGGUGGAUGGACGCAUGAGGGAGGAGCUGUAAGCCCUUUCUCACGCAUGGUGUCGACUCCAGCCAACAGGAAAGCCUUCAUAGAUUCAUCAAUCACCGUCCUCACAAAAUAUGGCUUUGAUGGUUUGGACCUCGACUGGGAGUACCCUGCCCAUCGUGGGAACUCACCCCCCGAAGACAAACAGCGCUUCACCGUCCUGUGUCAGGAGCUCCUUGAUGCAUUCAAGAGGUAUGCAGCCGCAAAUAACACCCCAAGGUUGUUACUGACCGCGGCAGUACCUGCUGGCGAUGCUGUGGUAGAUAAAGGUUACGAGGUGGACAAACUGGCCGGUGUUCUGGACUGGAUUAACCUAAUGACAUACGACAUGCAUGGAAGCUGGAAUCCAGACACGGGACAUCACUCAGGACUAUAUGGCCCCCCAGGGAGUAAGCGCACUGUGUCCCACGCUCUACAGUACUGGAUGGACAAGGGAAUGCCCUGCCAGAAAAUCGCGCUGGGAAUGGGAACAUAUGGCCGUUCAUUCACACUAGCAAAUCCUAGUAAAAAUGGUCUUGGUGCACCGAUCAAAGGCCCUGGAAAUGCUGGACAGUACACCAAAGAAAAAGGCUUCAUCAGUUAUUUCGAGAUAUGUAAGCUUCCAUUGACCAUCGUCAAUGACGAAGUCGUCAAGGCACCAUAUGGUUACUAUGGAGACCAGUGGAUUGGGUACGACGACGCCGCCAGCUUGAAGUUGAAGGUUGAAACCUUGAUCAAAGGGAAAGAUUUACUCGGUGCCAUGUUUUGGGCUAUCGAUCUCGAUGACUUCAGGAACGUCUGCGGAGAAGGGAAGUAUCCUCUGAUCAAUGCCGUCAAAAGCGCUCUUGUGGGAGGAGGAGGAGGAGGAGGAGGCACGAGUAAGUGCCGCGCUAUUGGAGCGUGGGCCGGGAAUUCCAACAUGGACACGUGGUGUGUCAACAAUUGUGCUCUUGGUCACUGCCCAGCCAACAUGUGUUCAUGCUCUUAGACCAUUGAACUUAGUCUUAGAUCAUUAGUUUAGUCAGAGUUAACUAGGUUCCCUCUAUUAACUCUGGUUUAGUACAUCGUUGUUAGCUAGUCAGUGCUAAGACUGUUAAUCAACUUGAAUUGAUGGCCGAAAUAAAAGUAAAAGAUUGAAAUCCUCUAACRAUUAAACAGUUACCUUAGAAAA